CCCCUCGACGAAUACAACCGCACUUUGCUGAAUAACGUGCACCCUCCGGGCUGGCGAGACCCUGCAGUCGCAUCCGACAAGGACUUGUACUACGACAUGGUUGUUAUCGGUGGGGGCACGGCCGGUCUCAUCACCGCUGCUGGUAGUGCAGGGGUUGGUGCCAAGGUUGCUUUGAUUGAGGCCCACAUGCUGGGUGGCGACUGUUUGAAUGUCGGAUGCGUGCCUAGCAAGACGAUUAUUCAUUCUGCCAAUCUCGCUCACCAGGUCCAGAAUCAAACACACUUGGCCGAAGCCGGAAUUGCGGUAGAAGGCCACGUGACGGUUGAUUUUGAAAAAGUCAUGGAACGCGUCCGGAAAAUUCGCAGUACAAUCAGUCACCACGAUUCAGCCGAACGCUACAGUAAGGAACUCGGAGUUGAAAUUUACAUUGGGUGGGCCAUGUUUACGUCGGAACGCACGGUCGAGGUCAACGGCAAAACGCUGCACUUUAAAAAAGCGGCCAUUGCAACGGGCGGAUAUCCAGUCCUUUUGCCAAUGCCGGGUCUUCAAGAAAUCUAUAAGAAAGCGCAAGAUUCCGGCGCCGUCACCAACGAAUCGCGGCCACAAGUCAUGACUAACGAAACAGUAUUCAAUCUGACCAAACGUCCCGAAAAUAUGGUCGUUAUUGGCGCCGGCGUGAUUGGAUUGGAACUGGCCCAAGCGUUGCAGCGCUUGGGAGUUGGGGUGACCGUGUUGGGCCGUUCUGGGAGAGUCCUUCCUAAAGAGGAUGAAGACAUGGGUCUAGUGGUCAAGAAUCAAAUGAUUCAAGACGGAGUGGACUUUCGCUUGACAGUGCAAGACUACAAAAAAAUUGAGCUCACCGGCAAAGUUCUCGAAAACGGGUAUCCCGAGAUGAAAUUGACGCUUCAAGAAAAGGGCAAUUACGAACCAACCGUUUUGUAUUGCGACGCAGUUUUAAUUGCUGCUGGGCGUGCUCCUAAUGUUUCUGGUAUGAAUUUGGAAGCUGCCAAGGUUCAGUUUGACAAAAAAAUGGGGGUGCACGUCAACGACAACCUCCAAACGUCGAAUAAACGAAUCUAUGGUGUUGGUGAUGUCUGUUCCGACUUCAAAUUCACCCAUGCAGCCGACUUUAUGGCUAGGGCUGUGAUUCGAAAUGCGCUAUUCUUCGGAAAAGAAAAAAUGUCGGAACUACUUAUUUCAUAUGCUACGUUUACAAGUCCCGAGAUUGCCAGUGUUGGUCUCUACGAAGACGACUUGAAGGCCAAGAACAUUGCCUUCCGAGUCUUUGAAAAGCAUUUCAAGGACAACGACCGUGCCAUUGCUGAUGACGCUACUGAUGGAUGGGUACGAUUUCGGGUGAACGCCAAAACGGACAAAAUUUUGGGAGCCAGUAUUGUGGGAGUUGGCGCGGGAAAUAUGAUUUCGGAAGUUACGCUUGCCAUGCAGUCGGCAACUGGACUAGGAUCACUGGCCAAUGUAAUUCAUCCGUACCCAACUACCGCUGAAGUCCUUCGCCAGUCUGGCGAUCUCUACAACAAGACCAAAUUGACAAUGACGGCGAAAAAGAUUCUCCGUGGUGUCGUCAAGCUGCAACGUUAA